CUCCUGCUCCCGGCUCCUCCGCCGCUCUCUCCGGUUCCGCCGCCGGCUCCCGGUGCCCCCCCCGGGAUGUGGCUCUUCUCCAGGGACCCUGUCCGGGACUUCCCGUUCGAGCUGGGCCGGAACGAACCGGAACCGGACCCGGAUCCGGACCCGGAGCCUCCGGACCCGGCCCCGCUCUGGCGCCUGCUCCGGGGCCGGCGGAAGGCGGACGGGGCUCCGGUCUCGGUGUUCACCCAUAACCUGUCCGCGGGGGACGCGGCAGCCUCGGCCCUGGCCCGGGCGGGGCUGAAGAGGCUGCGCAGCCUCAGGCACCCCAAUGUGCUGGGGUACCUGGACAGCCUGGAGACAGAGCAGAGCCUGUACCUGGUGACCGAGGAGGUGACGCCGCUGAGGAAGCACCUGAGGCUGCGGCCACCACAUGGGGACAUGGGGGAGCAGGAGGUGGCCUGGGGGCUGCACCAGCUGCUGACGGCGCUCUCGUUCCUGUGCUCCUCGGGCCUCGUUCACAACGCGUUGGGGGUCGGGGCCAUUUACGUGGCUCCGGGGGGGGACUGGAAGCUGGGGGGCCUGGAACGGACCACGGCCGCCAGCGAGGGGGCCCCCCCACCCCCUGGGACCCCCCCGCGGCCCCAUGACCCCCCCGAGCUCAGUGACCCUGCACGGGGGCAGGGGGAGCCCUGGGCAGGUGACAUGUGGCGCUUGGGCUGCCUCAUCUGGGAGGUCUUCAAUGGGCCCCUGCCCCGCCAGGGGGCGCUGCGGAGCUUCGGCAAGGUGCCCCCCGGGUUGGUAGCCGUGUUCUCGGAGCUGGUGGCAGCAGAUCCAAGGUCCCGGCCGUGUCCGGAGCUGCUCCUGCAGCGGCUGCAGCUUCCUGGAGCCUUCCUGAGCUGCAGCCUGGUGCGCACGGCAGCGGCAAUGAGGGAGCUGCAGGUGCUGGAUCCAGGCCAGCGCCGGCUGUUCCUGCAGGGCCUGAGCUCGGGGCUGGAGGAGCUUCCGGAGCCGUUCCUGCGGCACCAGCUGCUGCCAUGUCUGCUGGCGGCUCUGGACAUGGGCAGCGCUGAUGCCAGCGCCCUGCCCGCCAUGCUGCAGGUGGCAAAGCUCCUGGACCCCCCCGAGUACCAGGCCCGUGUGGUCCCUGUCAUCGUUCGCCUCUUCUCGUCCCCCGACCGGGCCCUGCGCAUGCAGCUGCUGCAGCAGCUCCAUCUCUUCGUCGAGUUCCUGCCCGAGGCCACUGUGGAUGCUCAGAUCUUCCCUCACGUGGCCCAAGGAUUCCUGGACACCAACCCGGCCAUCCGGGAGCAGACAGUGAAGUCCAUGGUGCUCCUGGCCCCACGGCUCGGGGAGGGGCCUCGGGGCCGGGACCUCCCCCGGCUGCUGCUGCGGGUGCAGGCAAGCGACGAGCAGGGCCCGAUCCGCUGCAAUGCCACCGUGUGCCUGGGGCGGCUGGGACCGCUGCUGCCCCCUGCGGCUCGGCAGCGGGUGCUGGCCCCAGCCCUGGCUCGAGCCACACGGGACCCGUUCCCCCCUGCUCGAGCCGCAGCCGUCGCAGCCUUCGCGGCCACCCAUGGGUGCUACACAGCACAGGAGUGUGCGAGCAGGGUCCUGCCUGCGCUGUGCGCGCUCACCAAUGACCCCCACCCCGGCGUGCGCAAGGAGGCGUUCAGGGCCAUCCGCAGCUUCCUGGACCAGUUGGAGGCGGCCGCAGAAUCCGGGGGGGCCCCGGAGGGGGAUGCCCCCAAUGCAGCCGCAGCAGAGGGGGGGGCCCCCGGGGGGGGGUUGGGGGCGGCCGUGUCCUGGGCAGUCACCUCCCUCACUGCGCGAUGGAUGGGGGGCGAGGGGGGGGGAGGGGCGGCCCCCCCACAGGGCCCCCCCCAACAGCCCCCCCCCCCCGAGGCCCCUCCCAGCCCCCCAAAAGAGCCCCCCCCCGAGGAGCCCCCCCCCGAGGACACCGACGGAUGGGAUGAGGAUUGGGGCAGCCUGGAGGACAUGGAGCUGCCGCGGAGCCCCCCCCCCAGCAGUGAGAAGGAUGCGGGGCCCCCCCCCCAGCCCCCCCCAUCACAGCCCCCCCCCACCCCCACACAGGGGGAGGAGGAGGAGGGGGGAUGGGGGGUGGGGGGGGAAUGGGGCACAGAGGAUGCAUGGGAGGCACUGCCCAGCCAGAAGGGGCCCCCCCCACGUGACCCGGACCGGCGGCGGCGGCGCGAGCCCGAGGGGAGGCCGCGGGUUGGUCCCUCCAGGCCCCGCCCCCUCAGGCUGGGCGCGCGCAAACAGGACUGAUGGCGGGAAUAAACCACGUGCGGCGGGAGCGGUCACGUGUCUCUGUG